CCCAACGGCCUACCCAACAGCUCACCACAGAGACACUGUUUCCAGCUACAUGAGGAUUGACAAGCCGCAGCUGCAGCCAGCCAGCUCUUUGCAGCUCCGAGGUUCUGAGCCUUCAGCUCAAUUCUGUGAUUCAACACCGUUCUUCUUAAACAAACAAACAUCGUGACUUAUCUGUGUCCACACUGGAACAACAUUUCUCAUGGCAGCUUUUCAGAGCACUCCGUGGAGGUUGAUUUCUGGGGUCUUAGGAGUAACGUGCCUUGUGCUGAUGGCUACUUUGGGAAUUGUGUUGAAAAAUGCACUUACUAAACAAAGUAUUCAGCCAACACCAUCUCCAGGACCCACCACCAUGGAACCUCAGAAAGGCUCUGGCGGCUAUUUUUGCCAAGAAAAGUGGAUUGGGUACCAAUGCAAAUGUUACUUCAUUUCCAAUGAAAAAAAAACUUGGGCAGAAAGUAGAAAUUUCUGUGCUUCUCAGAAUUCCAGUCUACUUCAGUUGAAAAACAAAGACGAUCUGCAGUUUAUACAAUACAGUAGACGUUUUUACUGGAUUGGAAUCUCUUACUCUGACCAACAUCAUGCCUGGUUGUGGGAGGAUGGCUCUGCUUUCUCCAAAGAUCUAUUUGCAUUCACUGAACGUGUAAAUGCAGGAAACUGCAUGAUGUAUAACUCACCCAAUACUGUUUUGCAAGAACACUGCACAGAUGAAAAUUAUUAUAUCUGUAAAAAACAGCAUAUUUAGGUGUUGCUUAGGGCAGAAGGGUGGGAAAUGAAGGUCCAGUAUUACUAAGAAUGGUAAGUCUACCUCUUGCAUCAAUACUAAUUAUCUAUUUCUGAGAUCUGUAAAAUUUUUCAUAUUACAUCUUAUCAUGCAAUUUUCAUAUAUUUGAAAACAUGUGUUUUAAAAUUGAUGAAAUGCAUGCAUUGUAUAAAUAAAAUUAUAAAACCUCAGGUAAAUAAUUUUAUAAAUAUUUUGAUUUAGUGCAUAUGGUCAAUAUUGUCAUGUAUACAUCCUGGUAAAUUUUCUCUGCAGAAAUUUAAAUAAAACAAUUUACAUUAAAUAAUAUACACCAACAUCAUCUCAGACCUUUGUGUGGAGUACUAUAUUGGGAACUCCCAUCUUCAUCUCAUGUUUCUGGUAGUUCUUCCUGGAUACCUACACUUCUACAUGUGUUAAUGUACAGUUGAAAGUGCCAUAUAAGUUUCCUCAGGUGUAUCUUCCAGCUCCAGAGAGGCACACAUUUGUGUUUUCUCUUGAUGCUCCUGAGUUCUGUAAGAAGAUUUUACGUCUUUGGUCAAAUAUGUGAUUCCUGUUUGAUUGCUUUCAGAAUUUGCAAGGGUAAAGUGACUCCAAGUCCUGAUCACAUACGUUAAUAAUACCUCUUUCUUUACUUCACUCUUUCUUAUCAACCAAUAAAAGAUUUUCACAUGCAUUGAAGAUCUUAAUCUCUAACCAAUCCCAAGAAACUUUUUGUAAAAGUUAUGUGUAAAAUAUGAACAGUUCCCCCUUUUUUUUGUGGAAGAGGAAGUGAACCAUUUUAUAGAGGGGUUUCCGAAUGUGUCAUAGAAGGGCUAGGAACACAAUGAGGUCCAAGUCCUGAGAUCUGGAUGAAGUUUUUACAGUCUUACUGAUUUCAGAAUCCAAUUUC